AUGAACCCAUUUUCAAUCACAUUUAGUGAAAUACAAAAAUAUUCAUGCAAUAUCCAGUUGGAAAUCACAGAAAUUCAAAACCACGUUUCCUUGAAGCAGAUAUUUACCGAAAUUGUAUCAUCACAACCACAGCUGCAGUCUUCAGAAAAUUUAAUAAAAUUUUGGAAAUUAGUACCAAAAGAAGACUUUCCUGCAACGUGUGAUCUUGCCUUGCAGAUUUCAAGCAGAUUUGGAUCAACAUAUAUUUGCGAAAAAGCUUUUUCUACUCUAACCUACAUCAAAAAUAAAUAUCGUAGUUCGUUAACUGCGCCUCAUAUUUCAGAUUUGAUGUUGUUAUCAACAUCAGAUUUAUCACCAGAUAUUGAAAAAUUAUUAGCUAAUAAGUCUCUUCAUAGAUCUCACUGA